AUCAAUUUGUGUUUGUGUGUGUUUGUCAGAUGGCACUAUCAGGAUGGAUCUGUGUGGUGACUGGUGCUUCCAGAGGAAUUGGAAGAGGUAUUGCCCUUCAGUUAUCCAAGGCUGGCGCUACAGUGUACAUCACCGGUUGACAGGAGAAAACUCUGAAGCAGACAGCAGCUGAGGUGACCGAGAGAGGUGGCCGAUGUCUCCCAGUGGUCUGUGACUCAUCUAAAGAGGAUGAAAUCAAGGAACUGUUUGAACGUAUCCAGCGUGAGCAAAACGGCAGACUUGACUUGUUGGUGAAUAAUGCCUAUGCAGGUGUACAGGCUAUUAUGGACAACUUGAACAAGAAAUUCUGGGAGGUGGAUCCAGAUGUUUGGGACACAAUCAACAACACUGGACUCAGGGGUCACUAUUUCUGCUCAGUGUAUGCUGCUCGGAUGAUGGUGGCUCAGGGCAAAGGCUUGAUUGUGUUCAUAUCAUCCAUGGGUGGUCUGCGCUAUCUCUUUAAUGUAUCCUAUGGGGUCGGCAAAGCUGCAUGUGACAGAAUGGCAGCAGACAUGGCAAUAGAGCUGAAGAAGAAAGGUGUGGUUUCUGUAAGCCUCUGGCCAGGGGCAGUUCAGACUGAGUUAAUUAAUCAGUAUAUGUCUCGUGGUGAGGGUCCUCUAGGAUUUGAUCCAAAAUUCAAGGAAAUGUUCAGUAAAGGUGAAACGACGGAGUUUAGUGGACGAUGCAUAGUUGAGCUGGCCAAAGAUAAAAGUCUGAUGUCAAUGACUGGGCAAGUGUUGAUGACCUGUGACCUCGCUCACCGCUAUGGACUCAAGGAUGUUGAUGGUCGCAGUGUAGUGGACUACACCUCUCUGAAGUUCCUCAUUUCGCAAGUACCCUAUGUGUCCUGGCUGUCUGUAUUCACUCCUUCAUUCAUCAGAGUGCCUCGUUCCAUGCUGAGUCUUGGCAGUGGCAAAUUCUAACAUGCCUUGAUGCAGACGCUGUGGCUAUUUUUGGUAAUUCUGUCAUUUUUUGAAAUAAAUAA